AUGGUAGUGGAGCUGAGGGUGACUCUGAGCUUCACUCAGGAUGAGCUACGAAACACCAAAGACCUGCUGAGGUCAGUUACUGAGAGACUUGCAGCCACUGAGAAUGACAUGGAGGACGUGAAGAAAGACACUGCAGCACAACAAACAGACCUGACCAUUAUGAAGACUGAAGUGAUGGACCUGAAGAUGGAACUGUCUGCUAGUGAGACUGAGGUGGAGGAGCUAAAAACGGGACAUGCAGCACAGGAGGCAGAGCUGACAGCAGUGGAGACCAGACUGAUAGCCACUGAGACUAAAGUAGAGAAUCUGGAGAAAAGGAUUACAGAAAACCCCAAGGUGGCAUUCUCAGUAGGUCUGACUAACUCAGGAUACAUAGAGACUGGGAAAACUGAUCUGAACUUGGUCUUCACUAAAAUCAUCACCAAUGUUGGAAAGGCCUACAACUACAUGAAUGGCUAUUUCACAGCUCCAGUAAAAGGAGUCUACUACUUCAGAUUCACAGUCAUGGAUCUACCUGCGGGCUAUAUGGAAAUCAGGAUGCGUAAGAAUGGACAGCAUGUCAUGCAUUUGAAAGAGUAUGAUGCCUAUAGUCAAUACUCCUAUCUCUCCAGUGGUGUGACUCUGCAGCUGGAGGUGGGAGAUCUAGUUAACAUGCAACUCCCUCCAGGCCACAAUCUCUAUGAUGAUAGUAAUAACCACAGCAUCUUCAGUGGCUUCCUGCUCUUUUCUCUUUGAAGGGAACAGACUCCUCAACUGCUCAUGAUGUCAAAUGAUAAAAAAUAUGCUUCGUGAUCAUGCUCAAAUAAAGCACCUUUAAAAUAUAAUCCUUCUGUGUCAUCAUUGGAAAUAUUGAGCAAUGCUUUAUCAACACAAAUGAAUAUUUAUGGAGUUUUUUUCCUGGCUUUAAUCAAGAGCGU